AUGUCUGGCAAGAAAGUCUCCAGGCCCUGCCAUCACUGCAAGAGCAGAUCAGCCCCAGUAGACACCCCCAAGAUCCACUAUGAGAAGUUCUGGCUGUACCGUCACUGCUCAUCGGUGCAGCAGAUGGACAGGCAAGCUCAGAAGGCUGGGCAGCUCUUCUCAGGGCUGCUGGCCAUGAACGUGGUGUUUCUGGGCAGUGCCUUCAUUUGCUGCAUGAUCUUCAAUCACGUGGCCAUCACGCUGGCAGAUGUCUGGAUCCUGCUCUCCAUCCUCAAGGUCGUGUGCCUGUGCUGGAUUAUCUACUACCUGCUGGGCACCAGUCGGCAGCCGCACGCGGUGCUCUACCGCGAUUCCCACGCUGGGGCCAUCUGGAUUAGGGGGUCAGUGUUGCUGUUUGGUGGUUUCAGCAUCCUCCUGAAUGUGUUUCAGAUAGGCUACAGCACAAUCCUCAUCCACUGCAAAUCCAGGGUGGAAAUUUUGUUCCCUGCCAUUGGAAUUAUUUUUAUCUGCACACAGGCUUAUUUCCUGUGGCAUCACUCUAAGGACUGCAUUCAAGUUCAGCACAACUUCACCAGGUGUGGGCUGAUGCUGACCAUAGCCACAAACCUCCUCCUCUGGCUCUUGGCCGUGACCAACGACACCAUCCACAUGGAGAUCGAGUCUCAGCUGCGUGAGGUGGAACGGCGAUUUGCAGGCAACGAGACUACCUUGUGCACGUGCCCAAACACAACCAUGUGCAAAGUCUUCCAGAAGGGCUACAUCCUGCUCUACCCCUUCAACACCGAGUACUGCCUGGUCUGCUGCUCUGUGCUGUACGUCAUGUGGAAGAACGUGGGGAGACGCAUCACCCACCACCACGUCCCUGACACCAAGCCCAAAUUCAAGGUCCACGGGGUGGUCUUUGGGCCACUGCUGGGUGCUGCUGCUGUAAUCAUUGGGACCUGUGUCUUCAUGUUGUACCAGAUCCAGACCACUGGCUUGGUCCCCAGUCGCCAGACCUUCGUGAUGUAUUAUUCCUACUACAUUGUGCUCCUGCCCCUGAUGAGUGUGGGUGCAGUGAUUGGGACAAUUAUCCAUGCCUUGGAGAAAAAGGAACUGGACACACUGAAAAACCCAACCCGCAGCCUGGACGUGAUCCUGUUGAUGGGAGCGGCCCUAGGCCAGAUAGGCAUGUCCUACUUCUCCAUUGUGGCCCUUGUGGCCACUGACCCUGGGGACUUGUUGAACAGUCUCAUCCUGUCCUAUUCAGUCCUCCUUAUCUUUCAGAACAUCACCCAAAAUGUCUUCAUCAUUGAUGGGCUCCACCGGCAGCGCUUUGUAGCGGCCCCUGAGGCCAAACACACAGGACACGUUGGGCAGCACACAGUGGCUGCAGAGCUACCUGGUGAGGAGGAAACCACGAGGAGCAGUGAACAGGAGCACACACAGACAUCUCCUGGCAAGGAGGAGGAUACUAAAGAUGAGCAGAAUCAUGAAACCUACAACCAGAGAAGAGUAAGCGUGAUAGAGCUGGGCCAGGAGAUCCGGAAAGCUUCCCUGUCCUACAUCCAUAGCUACUCUCACCUGAGCUGGAAGAGAAGAGCAUUGAGGGAGAUCUCGUUCUUCUUGGUUUUGUGCAACAUCAUACUGUGGGUCAUGCCCACAUUUGGGGCUCACCCUGCCUUCGAGAAUGGACUGGAAAGGUCAUUUUAUGGCUACUCCACCUGGUUUGUCAUCGUGAACUUUGGGCUGCCCCUGGGCGUGUUCUACCGCAUGCACUCAGUCGGAGGACUCCUGGAGGUCUAUGUCACAGCUUGA